UGGUCGAUUGUGACUCGAUUAAUCGACAAUCGAUUUUUUUGUUCAUAAUCGAUUGUUUUUUUUGCGAUUGUAGCAAAUUCGAUUAAUCGAUCGUACGAUUGUUUUUUGAUCACAAAUAAUUGAACAAAAGAGUUUAGGUCAUCGCACACAAAAUGAUAUAAAUGCGUAUGUAUAGCAUAACUGUCUCGACCAAUAAGCAUCUAGCAUAAAGGCGCCAGGCGCCAUAGAUCACUCAUUUAGAUGUUCACUCUCAUUGGUCGAGACGAUCUUAUGCUAUUCAUAUGCACAUAUGUCAUUUUGUGUGCGAUGGCCCUUUCAUUUUCGGUUGAUCUAGAGAAACAAGUUUUCGGAAUCAUACCAUCUUUAAUCAUUUUCGGUUUGUCGUUUGUCUCGUCCGUUGUUUUUCUUGACCAAAUAACUAAACUGGUAAGUGAUUUAUCCGCAAUAUAAAUUAUUUAUUAAAUCGUUAAUGUAAAUGAAUGUAAGCAAUGCUCAUAUAAACAUGAAUAUUCCUUGCGUAGUCGAUGAGUGACAAAUGAAAACAUGCACACUUUUCAGUCUCCAUGAUAUGACAAUUUGAUGGAAAUUACUUGAUUUUAGACAACAAGGAGAAAUUACAACUCUUGCAACGUAUAUUGAAUUUGGUUGUAUAACCAAAUUUGAUUGUAUAUCGAAAGCAUGCAGGUUCCACCGUCCACUGUGCACAUGUCUCUCGACGACGUCGACUACGAUGACAUUAUGGUCAACUCCACAUUGGACGCUUUGACUCAAUCUCCUUCAAUUGUGGAAGUUCCGCCUCAAAAACCGACAUCAACUACUGAAGCACAGAUUAAGAACACGAUAAAACCAAAGGGAAGUAACAUGUGGAAAUAUUUUGAAAAAAUCGAUAGAGAGAGCGCAAAAUGCAAAACUUGCUCUAAGAUCAUCAGGAAUGAUAGAAACACCACAAAUCUGAAAAAUCAUCUCAAUAGUAAACAUCCUCUGUUACUGUCGCCAGAAAAAAGAAAAUUAGACAGUAAUCCAGGCAAUUUUCCAUUUUCAAGUGAUGAAAAAAAAGAGAUUGCAAAUCGAAAGAAACGAUUGAAGAUAGAAGAAAAAGAGAAUAUCAUAACUCAUUUUAGGAGAAUAGACUCAAUGAAAGAGGGUGAAACAGGUGCCACACGAUUAACAGAAAAGAUCAUGUACAUGAUUGUAACUGAUCAUCAGCCCCUUUCAAUGGUCGAAUCCGAGGGCUUUUCAGAAUUAACAAAAUUCUUAGUGCCGCAUUAUAAGUUGCCUUCUCGCCAAACGAUUACCCGCUUGAUCGACGCGAAAUAUAGUAAUAUGAAGAUUGCAGUAAAGAACCAACUUGCAUUAGCUCCAUCCCAUGCCAUUACGUGUGAUAUUUGGACUGACUGCAAAAUGCAAAGUUAUCUUGGCGUCACGGAUCACUAUUUAACACCUACCUUUAGUUUGAAUCAUAUCACAUUGGGAACCAUACCACUGGCCUCCAAUCAUACUGGAGAUCUAAUUGAAGAAAAACUGCGAGAAGUCCUGUCGAUGUUCGAUAUUGAUUUGGAAAAAGUGGUGUGUGUUACGAGCGAUAGUGCGGGAAAUAUUGAAAAAAGGUACAUCGAGUUGAAAAAUUACGUAUACACAGUUUUGCUGAAAUGCCCCGAUGCUCCUGAUCCAUUAUCUCGGGAUCAAAUUCAAGUUCUGGAAGAUUUAGUAUUAAUUUUCAAACCAAUUCAGAAUGUGAUCACAGAAAUUAGUGGAGAUUCAUACUCGACAGGUAGCAUUGCCAUCCCGAUAAUUCGUGGCCUGAAGCUCUGCAUAAGCAAAUUAAAACCGAAUACUAAAAUGGGCAAGGAUUUGAUGCUUCGCAUCAGCGAAGCUUUGGAAAAACGAUUUAAAGAGUUGGAGUCAAAUCAAGUACUCGCAGUUGCUACUAUACUUGAUCCUCGAUUCAAAAAGCUGGCUUUUGAAUCACGUCUGAAAUGUGCUAAUGCAAUAAAUAAAAUUAAUCGUCUCAUGAACGUUGCAUCGAUAAAAGAAAAUGUGGGGCAAACUGCAAAAAACUCCGGGCCGAUAGAAAAUAAUGAGGAUAAUGACAUAUGGAGUUUUCACGAUCACCAAAAUGAAGUACAAACGUCUGGUUACGAGCCUGGGUCAAAUGGUGAUGAAAUUCAUAUCGAGCUGCAACAGUACAUUAAUCAGCCUCGUAUCCCUCGAAAAAAUGAUCCUCUCGGAUAUUGGAAAAUGGUGCAAACUGCAUUUCCAACUCUCUCAAAAAUCGCCAUAUUUUAUGCAAACGCAGUCACAUCAUCGGUACCAUCCGAACGUCUCUUUUCAGAGGCUGGGAUUGUUGUUACUGACAGACGUAACAGAUUGACUG